AAUGAGGGAUUUAUAGGAUGAGGGUUAAAAAAAACCAUUGCCUUUCUAACGUUUAAUAUCAACUGCAAAUAAUAGUAAGAGAUUGAAUUCCAAAAAAAAUUCAAAUCCAAAAACACCUAAUAGUAUAGAAAAAGAAGACAAUGAAAUUUAAGAGUUUGAAAUUAAGUGGAUGAGUUAAACAAGUGUAAGAAAAAUGUUACAUCCGACUUUAGAAGAUGAAUUCUUAGGAUCUAAAAAGACAUGGGUUCCAGGAUUCCUAUCAAAGGAAAAAGUCAAGCAUAAUCAUAUUAUUCAAAGUUAAAGAGGUUAACCUAAUUAGAAUAAUAGAUUUCAUACAGAUUCACUUGUCGGUUGA